AUGACAGAGACGACCAGUAGAGUCAGCUUACAAUUGAAGUACAACGGUCAGCCGAUCGUGGUUGACUCCUUAAGUUGUAAUCACAGCGUAUCCGAUCUUAAAGAAGAACUGUUCAAAGUAACUAGAGUAUUGCCGAAGAACCAUAAAUUUCUGGGUCUCCGGACAGCAAGCAACGAUCCUGUUGUCGAUUCAACAACAUUGUCAUGCAUUUUAUUAAAACUUGGGACCAAGUUAAUGCUUAUAGGAUCAACGCAAGAGGAAAUCGUAAGUUUCACCUGA